AUGGAGGUGCGGACGUGGCUUUUCAAGAUCGACGACGAGAGGGGCUCCAGGGGCACAGCCUACAUCGACCUCUACAAGCUGCACCAGGCCUUGGGCUUGGCCUCAGAGGACCUCGAAGACUGGUCGCUGCUGAUGGUCAAGGCCCUGAUGGUCUGGGCGACUGGGCAGCACCAGUGCAUCACCCGCGUGGCGAAGUCAGUCCGGGACGAGGAGCCUGCCAUUAUCGGUGCCGAUGCCACUGAGGUUCGUGCUGCGCUGCAGCAUCACGUGCCGAAGCGGGCUGUCCUUUGUCAUCGGCAGGUGUACGGUGACUUCGCCUCAUGGCUAGCAGAAGCUUGCCGCAUUGGUUGCGUCAUUCAGGCUGCGCCUGAGAACAUGAUCUCCCAGACCAGCGUGCAUUUCCAAGUUGCGCCAGAUGGCGCUAUCGACAUCCUCGGUACGUCGGAGGCUGUUAUGAGCACCCCCUUCGUGCGAGCUGCCUCCUGGUACCCACACUCACGAGGAAGCUUUGAGGUUCUUCAGGAAGUGGGCUAUCGACUCGGUCGCUGCCUGGCAGCCAAGGGCUUCAUGGGCUUUGCAUCGGCUGAUGUGGUGUUCUUUGACAACCCAGAGUUUGAUGCCAACGAGCUCGUGUCGGAGCCUCGCGAGUCGACGCCUGCAAUCAUCGGCAGCGACACGCCGGUGAACCCGGAGGACCUCAUGUUUGGCAACCUCCGGUCACCAUCGCCUGACAUCAGCGUGGACAACGGCGACCUGCGACCGUCGGCAGACAGCUUGCCUGAAAGUAGGCAGGCAGAUUACAAUGCCGCGCUUCAGGUUCACGAGGAACAACUGAAGCGGGAAAACCAGUCCUUCGAUCCUGUGAGCCUCAUGCUGGGUGGGCCGGAGCAGGGUGCUGGCUCGACGUUGAGCCCCUUCGCUUGCUGGGUGGUCGAUGUGGACGCGCGCCUGACGGACGAGGCUGCUAUGCUCUUCCCGCUGAAGUUCAUCGCCCAGGUGAAGCAGGAUCCCGUACACGGGCUCAUGCUGUCGGAGGCACAGGAUGCGGAUUUCAAAUCCCAUCAGGAUCUGACGGAGGAGGAAAGAAUCCUGCGCUCUCAACGCUGGGCAAUGGUGAACUGUGUUGCGCUGGCCCCACAGCUGGAAAAGAUGAGUCACCAGGUGCUGUUUCAGGCUCGUCUGUGCAUGUGGCAGUGUUUUUAUUUGUGA